ACAGGGUCUGAGAAGCCUCUGAACUCGAAAGGGAUAGCAACACCUGUUAGAAACAAGAUCCCAAGCUGAGAUUAAUGCGACCCUAGUCCAACGAAGCUGCUUCUAACCUGGUCAUUAUGUUUCAACGUUGCUCCAGCUGUUCCAAAUUUAGAAACUUGAAAUUAUAAAUGGAGAUAUUUUGACGACUUGUGCUUUUUUUUCGUGUUUUAGUUUUGACACGAAAUUGGUGUUAAUAAUAGAUUUCUCUGAGGAUAAUAUCUGUCUCAUUUUAAUAUAUUCUCUUUCGUUAUGACAAUCCAAACACCUGAUGUAUAAGAUCGGGAAAUCAUUGGAAAAAAUUGAUUUUUUUAAAGCAAACAUAGUUGUUUAUAGGAUUUAUACCUCAGCAAAUUCAAAAAAGGAAAUACUUUAAGUGUUAGUUCAAAAAGCCAACCUGUGAAAUGCUAUGAAAUUACAGGAAGUUUCUAAACGGCGGAUGCUUUUUCAACUUAUAAUAAAUAAUAUGAUCUAAAGGAUUUUAGAGGUGUAUAAUUUAGAAACAUUAACACAUUCUUUACAGUCUGGAAUAGAUUUUAAAAAUGCUGUGUAAGAAAUGCAUAUUCGUUGCGAUGUGUUGCUUAAUUGGACAGUCCACAUUAGCUAUAAGACUAGUCAACAAUGGCUAUGAAAACGUAGUUAUUAGUAUUGGUAAAGAUGUUAAAGAAGAUUCUUCAAUUCUGCAACGCAUCGAGGAUUACCUUACCGUAACAUCAGCAGCUCUAUUCACAGCCACCAAACAUAGAAUUUAUUUUCGAGAAAUUACAAUAGUUAUUCCUCAGACCUGGACACAUAACCCCAGUUAUUCUAAUGCCAAAGAUUCUGAGACGGAGCACUCCCAGAUUUUGAUUGACGUGGAGAACCCCGCCUAUGGUCACGCCCCUUAUGUAAAACAGUACGCAGAAUGUGGUCAGCCGGGGUUGUAUAUUCACCUUACACCUGAGUAUUUAAUAAAAGAUGAAAUAACAUUUCGAUGGGGGUUGCCAGGCAAAACACUAGCUCACGAAUGGGCUCAUCUAAGAUGGGGUUUAUUUGAUGAGUAUCCUAUAGACCCACAGGAUUCACCAUUUUAUAGAUAUAAUGGACAAUGGCAUCCUACCAGAUGCUCUACGGAAGUAGAAGGUGUUUUAAAGAAUGAGAACAGUAAAGAAGGUUGUUUAUUUGAUAUUUAUACUGGUAAACCAUCAGCCAGUUGUAAAUUCUUUCCAAGAAUGAAACAAAAUAAGGCAGUAGCUUCCAUAAUGUUUAUGCAGUAUUUAGAAAGCGUAGUAGAAUUUUGUGACGACUCCUAUUCGGCACCAUUUCACCUACGUCACAACAGUCUGGCUCCUAACCGACAGAACAGAUUGUGUAAUUAUCGUAGUGCCUGGGAAGUAAUGAGAAAACAUUCAGAUUUCAGUCCAGAUACAAAACAGUUGCCUCAAGGAUAUGAUACCCAGCCUUCUUUUAGAUAUGUACAAGUUCGUCCAAGACGUCGAGUACUGGUCCUUGACACUAGUGGUAGUAUGACUGGUUCGUCACUAAAGAUAUUACGGCAAGCAGCUAGUAAUUUUAUAAUGAACACGGUAGAAACUGGCAGUUCGCUAGGUAUUGUAGAAUUUAACACAGAAGCUUCCACACUAUCAGAUUUAGUGAGCAUUCAAUCUAGAGAAGACCGAGAAAUAUUAAUAAAUCGUCUUCCAACAACAGCUACUGGAAAAACCAGCAUAGGUGGUGGACUGAACAAAGCUAUAGAGGCUCUUCGAUUUUCGAAAAGUGGUGUCGGUGGCACGUUAAUCCUUAUAACAGAUGGCCAGGAGAAUCAAGCACCAUGGAUAAAGGAUAUAAAACCCUCUUUGUUAGAACAGGGGGUUAUGGUUCAUGCUUUGGCCUACGGUCAAAAGGCCGAAACUGAUAUCUCACUACUGGCUGAUGAGACUGGGGGUCGAACUUUUUUCUUCUCCGGUGAACGCCAAGCAUCGUUAGUAGAAAGUCUGGCAGCAAUGGUUCGACAGCAAACAACGUCAGAGGGAUUUGAAACACCAAUCACUAUUAUUUCAGAGACUCAAAUAAUAAAUCGAGAUACACCUCACAAAGGGACUUUUCACAUUGAUUCUGAUCUUGGUAAAGAUACAGUCUUGACAUUCAUGCACCAAGAUCCAAUAGACGUUGUUAUCAGGGGACCAGAUAAUACAACGAUUGCAGUAGCAGAUAAAUCUUCGAGUUUUGACCAAACUAUGGACGGUGGUAUGCUGCGAAUUUCCUUAAACGGCACUAUUGUGCCCGGCGAAUGGUCAUACGAAAUAAACAGUUGGCGAAUGGGAACAGCCGUAACAACAAGUGUUAUAUCACAGUCAGCUGAUAAUAAAGAUGAAAUAAUCCAUACCAAUUCCUGGAUUUCUCAGAAUACCGUUCAGUUUGACCCGAAAGGGAAGUUUGCUGUGUUCACAGAAGUGAGAAGUGGAAAUGCUCCAGUAUUAGAAGCAGCAGUACAUGCAUUUUUUGAGGGACCAUCAUUGGCAUCGGGAAUCAUUAAUUUGAAAGAUAAUGGAGUGGGUUCGGAUUUAAUUAAAGGAGAUGGUAUCUAUUCAGCAUAUAUUCUAACACGUGAUCUAGCUGGAGACGGACGUUACAACAUUAAGAUAAUUGUAACAGGAUAUAAUGAUAGCACAAAAAUCGUUACUAAAGGUGGUCGUUCUGGAGCAUUAGCUGUUGGAGAUUCAGAUGGAGUAGCUAAACCAGAACUGAAACCAAGUGAAAAUUUCGAAAGGGUGGCUUCAGCAGGAGAAUUCCGGGUUGUGGGAUUUCCUACCAAUGUAAACACAGCUAUACCAGACGUCAUACCACCGUCACGAAUUACAGAUUUCGACGUUACAUCAUUUGAUCAGGAUACGGGAGAGACCAUAUUAUCUUGGACGGCUGUUGGAGAUGAUAUGGACAAAGGCACUGCUAGCAGAUAUUACAUCCACUUGGCGAAUAAUGUAUCAAGUGCCUUACAAAAUCUGGAUGAAACCACAUUAGUAACUGACAUCCAUAUCCUAGAAGGCAGUCUAGAACAACCCAAAGGGCCGGGGGAAUUGGAGACCAUAACUUUAAAUGUAACAUUCACGGGAAAUAAUACAAUAUACGUUGUCAUUAGAACAAGCGACAAAGAAAACAAUUUUGGUGACGUUUCAAACAUCGUGACGUUGUCGUACACAACGGAAAUGUCUAUAAAAAUAGAAGUACGUGCGACUUAUAUGGAAUACGUAACGAUGGUGUUGAUCCCCGUAUCUGCCUUCUUGUUUUUGUUAGUGUUGGUAACGUGUGCCUGUAUAUGCUGGACUAAUAAGGCUCCACGCGACACGAAGAUAGAAGGGAAGCGUAAUUCUGUUACCUCGUUCAAUUCGACAGAUCUGACUUAUAUGAACUAUGCAAUGGAUGGACAAUACGUUGUACGCGUAGAUGAAGAAGAAGCGCGAACGUGGAGGGAAUAGUGACAUUGUUUAUUCCUGUAUAAGGUUCUUGGUCAAAAUAUAUAAUAACAAUCUAAUUAAAUAAGACCAUACUUUUGUUUCUUUUUAAUUGUUAUGUUCUAUACAGUAAGGUCUAACAACAUCUUUAACAGGUUUAUGUCCAACUCAUUAUCCCAAUCGUUCAUCUAUCCAACAAAUGAAAGCUUUACCUUGGUCAAGAAUGAUUUUCGCCAAUUGCAGUGGCUAAAAUAAGAUUUCGUUAGUCAACAGAGAAUUGAUAAGUAGUAGUUAGAUCUUCAUGUUACGAAAAUAAAAGCUAUAAUGAAAAAAGGUCAUUUUUUCAUUAAGAAUGUUCCCUUCCCGGUCGAGGGCGCUAUUAUUCAAUGCCAUUAAAUUAAACACUACUUUAUGAGAAAGUCUCGACGGAGAUGUUCCCUGCUGGCCUAGGUAUGAUUUGAGGAUGGUGAAAGACCUGCUAAUCGGCUUACUUAAUAAAAAUAGUUAGUAAAUAACUUAAUCUGGGGCAAUCAGUGUUAAUCUUUAUAAAUCGUGCAGUUUACGAUCAGGUAGUUUGUAUCCAAAAACCAGCGAAAGAAUUUCACUUUACUUAGUUAGAAUUUAGAGAUGCGAAACAACUUCGUCGAUAAAAUAAAUUUGUAAAAAGUCCAAAAUAACACGGGCCUUACUGAACUAUCGACAUCCCAGGCUGCAUUUUGUACGAGCGUUCGUUAAACUCUUUCAAAACCACUAAAACAUGUAAAAAUGAAAAUUUGAACGACUGUAUCUCAUCAUUCAAUGAAAUUACAAUAACCUUGAUUCGACUGUACUAUAAUCAAACAGUACAUUAUUUUGUACUGACUGACGAAGAUCACCAAAGUGUUAAAAGUCUCUCAUUAAUUUAUAUGUAAAUGAUCGCCCAUUAUUGGGGUUAAAAAGCAACCUAAAACAAUGAAGGGUAAUAUUUCUAGCGGAAACCGGUCUCAAUAUUUUUACAAGUGUACAAUGUACUAAUAUGUGAUAAAGAAGUACGUUUCAAUGAAUGAUAUUGAAUACUAUUAUUUAAACUACAGAUAUCUUCAUAUUGUUUUGGAAUUAGACUCUUUGACCACUAAUAUUCGUCUCAUGAUAUGAUAUGAUUGGUAGACUGCUUAUGCUAGGUUCCCACUGCCAUGCGAUGCGUUAAAAUAGGAUUGUCCCUAUAACAAGUCCACGAUCUGGUACGUUCGGAUAUGUUUCGAUACGAUCAACACGACUGCUAUACGACUGACCUCAGUAUAUGAUAAGACCUGAAAGGAUCAACACGAUUACUCCAAGAUUUCAAUGGCAGCACGAAUUGUGAUAGGGAACCUAGAAUAAUAUUUGUUUGUUAAGCAGUUGGGUUAGUCCAGAAAUAUAUCUCGUGCCAUAAAAUUUGUUUAUUUUUAUU